AUGGAUGACUACAUACAAAGUCUACCGGACGAAUCUACCGCGAUUGAUAUGGUAAGGGAUAUAAUUAAUAUUCACAAAGAGGGUGGGUUCGAAAUUCGGAAUUUCACGAGCAAUAAUUUGGAUGUGUUGAAAAGUGUGCCUACCGAUGCUCUAGGCAACGCCGCUGUGAAAUUCAAAAUAGGUCAGCAGUACGAAGGCGAACGAACGCUCGGGCUCAUUUGGUACCCAGGGACGGACGAACUAGGUUUCGACGUGUCGUUGAAGCGUGUGCCACUUGAUAUAUUAAAAGGUGAGCAAAGACCAACUAAAAGGCUAAUGUUGAAAGUUAUUAUGUCAAUAUUCGACGUGUUUGGCUUUUUGGCUCCUUUUACUAUACAAGGUAAGAUAAUGCUUCAAGACACGUGGAAAUCGCAUGUCGGCUGGGAUGACACCAUUCCUGACGCCACAUUUGAUAAGUGGCGAAAGUGGCUCGAGCUGCUGCAGGUAAUAAACAAAAUUCGAGUACCCAGAUGUUAUCACCAGGCAGCGACAACAGGAAGCGUAGCAAUGCUACGAGAGCCGGUCGCUACAAACGCUGCACCAUCUCCACUGAAGGGCGUCAGCGCAAGUGCUGUUGCAACAAGUUGUGAGUAUAAUAAUCUGCAAUUGCAUACGUUUUGUGAUGCGUCAACAAAAGCAAUGGCUGCCGUGUCAUACUGGCGAUGGAAUGACAAGUUUGGAAACAUCUGUGUAGCGUUAGUGGCUAGUAAAUGUAGAGUUUGUCCAGUCAAGGCAUUGACAGUGCCCAGAUAUGAGUUACAAAGUGCUCUUUUAGCUGCCAGAUUAGCAGAUACACUGUUGAAAGAGCACAAACUCAAAGCAACGCGAAGAUACUUUUGGAGUGAUGCCACUACCGUGUUGCACUGGAUAAAAAAUGACACACGCAAUUAUAAGACUUUUGUUGCGAACAGAUUGGGUGAAAUCGACGAGCUUACGCGUGCAUCAGAGUGGAGGUACGUACCUACUAAGUUAAAUAUUGCUGACACAGCCACACGUGAGGUCUACGACGAAACCAUUUUUCAAAACGAAUGGUUCAACGGUCCUACAUUUUUAUACGGUGAAGAAUCUACAUGGCCGCGAGACUUAGUGGAACGAGAUGUCAAUGUUUCAAAUCUAGAACGCGUAACAUUGGUCCAAGUAACUGCUCAAAACUCACCUCUUCCGGAUCCUCAUCGUUUUUCGUCUUGGUUGCGGCUUAAGAGAGCUACUGCAGCGGUUCUUAAGUUUGUAAACAAAUGUAAAAAACUUACAAGCGAAGAGGACUGCGAAACAAUGGAAAGAGCGGAGCGUCUUAUAUUGAAACAAGCCCAGCGAGAGUCUUUCGGCCAAGAGAUUGCAGCAAUAAAAGCAGACGAGUUCGACGUGCUACGAUGUGGUGGCCGAAUUGACGCCGCACUAGAUGUGGCACAUGAUGUUAAAAGGCCAAUCAUCCUUGACGGUAAGCAUCAAGUAGCGCGACUAUUAGCCAAACAUUACCAUGAAAAGGCUGCUCACGAUCAACAGGAGACUGUAGUAAAUGAUCUCAAGCAGAGAUACUGGAUAGUGAAACUAAGGUCUACUGUCAAGUUUGUAGCUUCACGCUGCAUGAUAUGCAGACUGAGGAAAGCCAAACCUGAAGUUCCCAGGAUGGGAGACUUACCAGCAGCGCCAAUGGCGCAAGUCACAGCUUCUAGCAGAUAUGUUUUGGCAGCGAUGGGUCAGAGAGUACUUGCCGGUUUUGAUUCCACGUCAAAAAUGGAACCAAGAACAGAGGCCUCUGCAGGUAGGUGA